CGUAAGUCAAAACAUGGGGAAAUUUAGCGAAUGAAAUAUUGAGCUCAUACACACAAACGUGCGAACAAGGACAAAGUUGGAAGAUGUUAAGCUUUCGAGGCCGUGGCGGCUGCCGACAGGUUCCACGCGUUGGGUUCAACCCGAAUGGCGGAAGGAAGUCUCUUUUCGCUGUUGUUCAUCGAGCUCACGUUUUCAAAACAGUAAUGUCGAACAGAAAGAACGUGAGCAUUUCAUGAACUAAGCACUUUUUUUGAAGAGAAAUUUCCUAGGUGUUGUAUUUCCACACUUCCAUCUACAUUUCCAUGUGUUAACUAAUACGUGUGUUUCAGGUUUGGCCGUAAACGAGCGGCUCAGAUCCCCGUAGUUCUGAUGCUCCUCUUCUCUGUAACAACUGGGUUAUGUCCGACCUACCCUUUAUAUUUGGCCUCCCAGUUUGUGGCGGGAAUUGGAUAUGGAGGCUAUCGACUAAACGGCGUCAUCCUAAGCACCGAAUGGAUCGGCGUGUCCAAAAGGUCCUGGGGAGCCUGCAUCACUCAGCUAUGUGGUGCCGUUGGACAGGCCAUCCUGGGUGGCAUGAUCUACUUCAUCAGAGACUGGAGACUGGCUCAACUGGUCACAGCUGCUCCGUUUGCUGUGAUCGCUUUUUACAUAUGGUUUAUUCCAGAGUCAGCCAGAUGGUUGUUGGACAGGGGACGGACAGACGAGGCUAAAGAGCUGAUCGUCAAAGUGGCGGCCAUUAACAAACGCAAAGUUUCAGACUCUCUCCUGGAAAAGAUUACUAUCAAAGAAAAUGUGCAAAAGGGAGGCAUAAUAUGUCUUAUUAAGUCUCCUGUGCUGAGGAAGUAUUUCCUUACCAUCAUUUUGGCAUGGUUCUCCCUGAAUGUUGCCUACUUCUGCCUUUCGCUGAAUGUGGGAAACUUUGGCUUGGACAUCUUCCUGACUCAGGCCUUGUUUGGGCUCUCUGAAGUACCGGCUCACAUUAUUUGCAUUUGGCUGCUGGAGGCGGUCGGGAGAAAAGCGUCACUGAUCACCACACUUGUGAUUGGAGGAUUUCUGUGCCUCUUGAUCCUCGCCGUACCUCAAAGUAAUGCCAUUGCUGUCACUGCGUUAGCCAUUGGCGGACGUUUUUUGACCAACUGGGCCGGAUCUAUAUGCAACUUGUACGUUCAGGAACUGUUCCCGACGUCUUUUCGACAAACCGCCUCGGGUUUGGGCUCCAUCGCGAGCCGAGUCGGAGGCUUGCUUUCCCCGCUGCUCAGCAUGCUGGCCGUGUACCACUGGUCCAUCCCUGUCGCCGUCUACAGCAGCCUCACCAUCCUCAGCGGAGCCCUCUGCUUCCUGCUUCCCGAGACCAGGAGAACAGAACUCCCCGACUCGACCCGUCAAGCCGAAGGCAACUGGACGAAGAACAAGACGAAUCACCAACGAGACUCAAAUGAAGAUUUACAAAUCAAAUCAACCAAGUUGUAGUCUGUACGGUUUCAUUUUUUUAGUGCACUUAGUGGUUUCAUUGGAACUCCAGUGUGUAGCUACGGCUAAUCAGUGGAUUUUUAUUUUAUUUCCUGUAAUUGUCAAACAUCCAGACAGUUUGAUUGUAAAAUUGUUUAUUGAUAAUAAUGCUCAAUAGUUAAGAGAACCUUGUUUCUAGCUCCUAACUUUUUACUCAUUCCAAGUGGUCUUUAGGUUACAACCUAAUCUACUUUUGCAAAUAUGGAAUAACCAAUCUGGGUAUUUUUUUGUUUGUUUUUUAACUCGUGCUGUUGUGUUUUUUGUGGGGAGAAAAAAAAAAUACAAAUUUACAGCCACAGAAAAAAAGAGUCAUGAAAUCAGGGUGCAAGACUCUGACUAAUGGCUGUGCUUUUACUUUGUUGUCACAUUUGUGUCAACAUGAACAGAAAACCCUUUUGACAGAAGCCUGCAUGUCUCAUUAUACUUAUUUGCUGUUUUAUGAAAAUGUUGAAAACCUUUACGCCUUACAGCUUGUGCUGCUUAGUCCUUGUAUAGAGUUUGUUUUUUGUGAUUUCUCACAUUAACUGCACAGUUUUCAAUAAUAAUAUAUUGACUGUUUUUAAAAGCCAUAUAUUUUCGGGAUGAAUUGAGUUUUUGGGCUCUAAACAUCAUCAACAUUAAACAUGUUAAAACAUCA